AUGUUGAUAUUUAAGUGUGGACUAAUAAUAUUAACAUCUACAUAUAUUGUUUCUCUUUGUUUUCAAGUUUCGCAAGAGAUAAGUUCUUUGGAUACUGGCCUUGCUUUUUUGUAUAUAGCCAGCGGAGCAAUAGCUGGCAAAAUUAUAUAUGACAGAUAUCAGCAAAUACACAUACUUGGUUCAUUAACAAUAAAUCCAAAUGUUACUUCUUUUGCAAAUAGGAUAGCUUCUUUUUCAGCCUCAUUUUUCUCUAUGGGCUUCCUGGUAUACUUCCUCCUCUUCCUGUUAAAGGUUGAUAGCAAUUGCCUGACGGCAUUAAAUAUUUUUGUAUGUGGAUUUGGCACUUUAUACAUAUGGAUGCAGUGCAUCAUUACGACAUAUAUCUCGACAUUAUAUUAUGAUAAAAAAUUAACAGUGUUUCGACAAUGCCUUGCCAACGUGAGCUUCCUUAUUUUGAUUGUAAUGGCAAUAUUUGGGACAGUCACGUCAUUUUUACCUAUCAGUGGUUCGAGCGGGAUCUACAUCUGUUUUGUCAUAACAUCAUUGUGUAGUAACUUAUUAGCUGCAAUAUUUUGUGUAUUUAUAUUGUCUUUUGAAAAAGAAUAUGAAUAUUUUGCCGAGGGUUUGCGUUCAGAAUUAUUGCUCGAUGAUGAUUGCUCUUUAAACAAUGCAACACUGUCCGAUGUGGAUAGUAUAUUCGGGGCCCAAGAAUCAAUUUCAAGUACAAUUGUCAUAAAGGGUAACAUUAGCUGCGAUUUAGUUGAAGACAAUGACAGUGGGAUGUCUUCUGAGGAAACCGACGAUUCCUUGAAAGUUAAUAUAAGGUCUAUCAUUAAUGAUAAUGUAAGUUCAAGUGUAGAUGAUAAGCAAGAAGUAAUAACAAAGUGCCUAACUAUUGAACCUCAUUGUGCUGAGCACAGGAAUGAGAUUCCGAGUUGUUCUAAAGCUGUUAAUGUAAGUGUUUUUAUUGACAAAGCUGAUGCCAGGUCUCACCUGAGAAAUCCUGAUAAUCUGAUUAUAGAUAAUAGAGUUUCAGAUUUUUUUGUGAUAGAUCUGACAUGUGAUGUCGCCGGUGUUCAUGCAUCAUCUAAACCUAAAGGUGAAAGAAGCAAGAAAACGGUCGGUACAAAAGAUUAUAAAGUUGAUCGUGAUUAUUCAAGUAUAGCUAAUGUAGAAUCCAGUCAAUGUUUAGUUCCUGUUGUGAACAACGAACUUGCAAACACCGAGAACCAAAAGUUGCUCAGCUUAUCUCUCUCGAUUCUUCUCGCUGCGUUGCUGCAAGCGAUGCGCUGUUUUGCCCAGUUCUUAGAAGAUAUUGUAGUGCCGCAACGGUAA